AUGUCCAUGCACUUUGCUCCCCAGUGGGCCAAGCCCAUCAAACCUUCCGGCAGCUCCGCCAACACGACUCCCACCACAGAGAACCCCAGGAAGCUCGCCUCCAACUCGCCCUUCCCGGCUCUGUCCGCCAACCCCCGCUCUGCGUCUCCCACUACUGCGACACAUCCCACCCUCUCGUACUCUCGCGUGACCCACACUCCUUCCUCGCCCUCGGUCGCAACAGAUGGCUACUUUCCGCACCAGGAUGCCAACGGAGAGGUCAACAGCCAUCCGUUCAGGUAUAGCCGGGAGCAGAUCCUGGCCCUGUACGACGAGGCCAAGUUCAGGGAGCGGCCCAUCGAGCUUGUACAGAUGGCAGAAAAUGGAGGCGUACUGGUCAGCAAGAAUCUGAGCAGGCCUGUGGGAACCAGGGACCUGACGGAAGGCGAGAAAAAACUUCUUGCUACUUCCGUGCACCCCACUCUGCCCGCCCGUCGCCAGCUCAACCAGGCCAACUCUGCUUCCACCAAUGAGCAUGUUGCCAACGGCCUUCCCACCCGCCGUACCGCAGGUUAUACUCGUGGCGAAGGCGGUAACGCCUUCAGUGGUGGUGCCUUGGGCAAGAUGGGCCAAUUUGGCGGAGGUGGAGGUGUCUUGAGUCCUGGUGGAUUGGAUCACAAGGCCCCUGGUGGUCUUGGAGGCGGUUUCGGAGGAGUCGGCAAGCGCUUGACCCGAAGGGGCGAGGAUCCCAAUAGCGCUGAAUCGAGGUCUUCUGGUGCUGCAACCUGGAGGUCUGGGCCCAAGACGCCUUCCUCUGGCAACUUUGAAGGAGUGCUCGGUUUUGGCGGGUCUUCCGCUGGCCUGAGCCCAUCCGUGGAGACUACAGAGCAGCGAGAAAAUGGACAGAAAAAAUGGAGAAUCUCGUCCGGUACCAGUGCCGGUGGUGACAAGACACUCGACUUUCCCGUCGCCAGUCAGACAGCUGCCUCUCUUUCCAUCAUCGCGACACCUUCGGCCACUCCCAUUCCUGAGCGCGAUGCGUCCAUCCUCGAUACGACCAUGGCUCCUGCUGUCCCAUCUGGAGUAACUACUCCUUUGCAUGAGGCUCAAGAGUCCCAGGUAGAGGAACUUGGAUCCAUCGACUGGUUCUACCGAGACCCCAAUGGGCAGGAGCAAGGACCUUUCAAGGGUGCCCAGAUGAACGAUUGGUACUCUCACUCGUACUUUGCAGAUGACCUUCCUCUUCGUCGUUCGUCUGAAACUGCUUUCCGGCCUCUGUCAGACUUGAAAGCAGCGACUGGAAGCACGCUUCAACCUUUCCUGGUGCCUGCCCGCCAAAGGCAAUUGCCACCCAACCUCCCAAUCCCUAUUGCUGCUCUCCAGCAACAGGCCUUGGGCAAUCUGCCUGAGCAUUUCCGAAACCUCGGCGUGUCUAGCCCUAUCGGAACCGACCCUCGUAUUAGUCCCCAGCCCGCUCUCUCUGGAGCUCGGGGCCCUCACCCGGGCUACGACGCCUUUGCCCAAAACGCAUAUGCUCCUCAGCAGCAGUCGCUUGAGCACAUUGCUUCUCCUGGGUAUGCCUCUUCGCCCUCCCAGGCGUGGAACAAUCUCGCUCCCCAGCAAUCACUCCGCAUGGGCAUGUCCCCCCUUGCGCCUGUUUCAAACCCCUCGUACGGCCAAAUCGGAGCCCCCUCUCCUAUUGGCUCUGCGCCUUUGCAGUACAUGCAGCAGCAGCAGCAGCAACCCCAAAUCCAGCAGCCCCAGUACUUUGGGCAACAACUUAGGAGUGCGCCUGGCGACAUUUAUGGUCAGCCUUGGGGCGCUCAGGGAUACCCUCAGCAAGUGGCUCAACAGCAGCCUUUGCAGCAGCAGGCUUACCAGCCGCAAACUGCUCCUGUGCAGUGGGAACAGCAGCCUCAGGCCCAGCAACUUCAUCAGCAGAUUCCUCAGCAGCAUUACACUCAGCAGGAGACUCGACAAGAGCAUAUCGAGCAGCCUGAGCCGAUCUUUGCCCCAGAGUCUGAAAAGCCAGCUCCUGUCGAGGAGAUUGAGCAAGGUCUUGAGCAGUACGAGCCUGAGCCAACGCCCGAGCCCGAGUCUGUGAACGAAGAGUCUGAGAACGACGAGGAGGAGAUUGAAGACCAGCUCACCCCCGAGUCCCCGUUGGCGUCCACUCCCGCCCCUGUGCAGAGCGCCUGGAAGAAGAAUGUUGUACCCCAAUCCAGGGAGUCUGCUGAGCCCACCCCCGCCGAGGUCAAGGCUGCCCCCAAGAUCAUUCCCACCCCUUCCCAGCCCCCCAAGGCUGUCGACGUUGCUACCCCCGGCCCUGCCCCCGAGGCCCCCUCUUCCCCCAGCCCCCCUCCCGGAAAGCCCGCAAAGGUCAAGGUUGCCCCCUGGGCGGUCAAGAACGAGGAGCGCGCUGCUCCUUCUCCUUCUUUGAGGGACAUUCAAGACGCCGAGGCGAAGCGACUCGAGGCAAAGAGGUCUGCUCUUGCUGAAGCUAGGGCCGCUAGUGCGUCUCCUGCCCCUACGUCGAGCAAGGAUGAAGACUUUGUUUCCAUGUCUUGGGGUCUUCCUUCUCAGCCCCCUCGUGGGGCCCGAGCUGUCUCUCCCGUGGUGUCUACCCCUGGUCCCACUGCGCCCGCCUGGGGCGGUGCCGGCGACGCUCCCAAGAAGACGUUGAAGCAGAUUCAAGAAGAAGAAGAGAAGCGAAAGACCAAGGCUGCCCAAGCUGCUCGUGUGGCCCAGGGCCAAUCUGCUGGUGUGACUUCUAGUUCCAGGCGAGGGUAUGCCGAUCUGGCUGCUGCGCCCGUCAAGAGGGAGCAGGAGCAUUUGCCUGGAUGGACUACCGUUGGUGCCAGCGGUAAGGCAUCUGGUGCUGCUACUCCCACUGCCAGAGCUUCUACUCCCGCCAAACCUGCUGCUGCCCCGGCUCCCAAGCCUGCCACUGUUGUCGCUCCCAUGUUGAAGAAGACUGUCGCGCUUGACGAUGGUGCCCCCUCUGUCGAGUUUAUCCGCUGGACCAAGCAGGCGUUGACCGGUUUCAAGGGAGACAUUGACGACUUUAUCUCUGUCCUCUUGUCCUUCCCUAUUGACCCUCCCGCUGCUUCCCGGACGGACCAGAUGGAGAUCAUCAGCGACUCUGUCUACGCCAACUCCUCCACCCUCGAUGGCCGAAGGUUUGCUCAAGAGUUCACGGUGAAGAGGAAGCAGGACGCGGUGGCGCAAAGAGGCGGCGGUGGCGGGAAGAAGGUCACAAGCUUGGCUGACGUUGUAAAGACACAACCAAAGCAGCCGAGCGUGGAUGCUGGCUUCAAGGUGGUCAAGGCGAAGGGAAAAAAGAAGAACUAG